CAUGCUUGGAUCUGUGGCUUGUUUAUGGGGAUUUGGAAUCAUAAGCGAUCAGAGUUUGGUUUUGUUGCUUGGUUUUAUUAAACCAUGGAUCAAGGGUGGAAAAGGUUACUCUUGUUAGUAGUCUUCCUGCAAUUUUGGAAGAAUGCUCCUGGUUUUGCAUAUUCAACUUAUCCAAAUUCUGGCCAGUGGUGGGGUCAGCCAUCUGACAACGCUUUCUUGCCUCUUGUGGUCCAGUCUUCUGUGCCAGAAGCCCCAGUGACUGGGGUUUUGCUUGAAGAAGUGGUCUCUCAUUUGCCGAAAAACAACCCCAAGUUUAAUCUGCUUCAGGUUGUUAAAGGUGGUGUUUCCAGCAGUUCCGACUCCACACCCCAAGCUCUACCUCCAAAUACCCCCUCUUCAGCUUCUCUGCCUGUGGAUCAAUCUGGGAUGAGUGGUGUAGGGUCACUUCAGGGCUCGUCUGGAUCCACCACUACAAGUGGUUCUGGACCAAUUGUCUUUGCACAAGGGGGAAGUGGCGGCUUUGCUUCCAAGACUGCAGUUUCUGGCAAGUCCACUAAUGACCAGAGCUCCCCUGGUCUGUCUAGUUCAGUUUCUCAAAGUGCCACCUAUGGUGUGACUACCCAGGCUCAAGGUACAAGUCAGUUUUCUCCAGGGUCUUCAUCCCCAUAUGCAACCAUAUCAUUGCCCAAAUAUGUUACUAGUCAGCUGAUAGCUGGACCAAGUUCAAAGGAAGUUACCUCUGUCUAUGGCACCCAGACCAGACCCUCUGCCCCUUUCACUUUGCAAGAGCUGCUCCAGGGUAAGGCUUCAACAAGCCAGGUUGUUUCAGUACCUUCAACCCCAUAUGUAGCUGUAUCAACACCCCAAGUUGUUACUAGUAUGACACCUGUGCCAAGUUCAAAGCAGGUUACCUCUGUCUAUACCACCCAGACAGGAUCCUCUGCUCCUUUAACUUUGCAAGAGCUACUCCAGGGUCAAGAUUCAACAAGCCAGGUUGUUUAUAAAUCUUCAACCCCAUACGUAUCCGUAUCAUUGCCCCAAGCUUUUACUAGUCAGUUGAUGCCUGUGCCAAGUUCAAAGCAGGUUACUUCUGUUUACGGCACUUCGAGUGGUUCUUUUGCUCCCUUCACUCUGCAAAGUCUACUCCAGGGUAAAGGUUCAACAAGUCAGGUUGUUUCAGUACCUUCAACCCCAUAUGUAGCUGUAUCAAUGCCCAAAGUUGUUACUAGUAAGUUGACACCUGUGCCAAGUACAGAGCAGGUUACCUCUGUCUAUACCACCCAGACAGGAUCCCCUGCCCCUUUCACUUUGCAAGAACUACUCGAGGGUCAAGAUCCAACAAGCCAGGUUGUUUAUGGAUCUUCAACCCCAUGCAUCUCUGUAUCAUUGCCCCAAGUUGUUGCUAGUCAGUUGAAACCUGUGCCAAAUUCGAAGCAGGUUACUUCUGUCUAUGGCACUCCGACUGGUUCUUUUGCUCCCUUCACUCUGCAAACUCUACUCCAGGGUAAGGGUUCAACAAGCCAGGUUGUUUCAGUACCUUCAACCCCAUAUGUAGCUGUAUCAUUGCCCCAAAGUGUUACAAGUCAGUCGAUGACAGUACCAAGUUCAAAACCAGUUACCUCGGUCUACACCACCCAGACUGGAUCCUUUGCCCCUUUAACUUUGCAGGAAAGUACCACAUAUGAUGGUCUGAUCCAGACUCUAGAUACCACAGGUCAGUUAGUUUCAGGAUCUUCAACCCCAUAUGUGGCUGUAUCAUUGCCCCAAGUAACUAGUCAGUUGACACCAGUGCCAAGUUCAAAGCAGGUUACCUCCGUCUAUACUACCCAGACAGGAUCCCCUGCCCCUUUCGCUAUGCGAGAACUACUCCAGGGUCAAGAUUCAACAAGCCAGGUUGUUUCAGGAUCCUCAACCCCAUAUGUGUCUGUAUCAUUGCCCCAAGUUGUUACUAGUCAGUUGACACCUGUGCCAAGUUCAAAGCAGGUUACUUCUGUCUAUGGCACUACGACUGGUUCUUUUGCUCCCUUCACUCUGCAAAGUCUACUCCAGGGUAAAGGUUCAACAAGCCAGGUUGUUUCAGUACCUUCAACCCCAUAUGUAGCUGUAUCAUUGCCCCAAAGUGCUACAAGUCAGUCGAUGACAGUGCCAAGUUCAAAACCGGUUACCUCUGUUUAUACCACCCAGACUGGAUCCCCUUUCACUUUGCAAGAACUACUCCAGGGUCAAGAUUCACCAAGCCAGGUUUUUUCAGGAUCCUCAACCCCAUAUGCAUCUGUAUCAUUGCCCCAAGUUUUUACUAGUCAGUUAGCUGGGCCAAGUUCUAAGUCGAUUACUGCUGUCUACGGCUCUCAGACCGGUUCCUCUGCUCCUUACACUUUGCAAGGAAGCACCACAUAUGGUGGACUAAUCCAGCCUCAAAAUGCCAAAGAUGGGUCUUCUACAGGAUCCUCUGUCCUCCAGACCUCAACCGGUGACAUUUCUAAUCCAUCCAGCAGCUUUUCUACCCUGAAACGUUAUUACUCUGUCAAGGGUUAGGAAACUGUUCAACUGCUGUAUGAUGCAAUCGUCCUAAACUGAUUUUAUUAAAACUUUGAAGUCAAGUUUCCU